AUGGUGUUCUGGAAAACGCUGUCCAACACGGACAGUCAAAACGGGCCUACUAUUCGUGAUGAGCUUCGGUCCCUUCUUCCCACUCGCAGAGGCGAUUUCGUGCCCUCGCCUAUCCCUGCGCUCGAGGUCACGAAGGUCGCGCUGCGCCUCAAGUACCAGAUAGAGCAGGUCGUACCAAACGGGACAGAUGAGGAUGAGAUCACGAAGCCAUUCUCCAGAAUUAUCACGGAGAAGGUAGUAGAGACCGCAAAAAAGGCAGGUGGUGAGGAGCACAAAGGAUGUGUGGUGUUCGCCUUGCUGGUCGUCAGAAAAUGGUUCGCAGAGCAGGCUGAAUUGGAACUGUGGCGUUCAGAGACGCAUGCCGUCCGAGCGACAGCUUGCGAGAUUAUCGCCAGGAUCAUUAUCGGAGGUGAAGACGACGAACAAUGCCUCAUCCAUGAGAUUCUCUUGCAACGUUACUAUACAGCUGCCGAUGGAAAUGACACCGUCGCUGCGAACGUCAUUGAAACCGCUGUCGAUUUCCACGCUCUCCAAGUGAUCGCAUCCUCGGGUUAUCAAAAGGUCAUUUCCCUCCUCUGGCAUGGCUGGCUUAUCCAAGAUGACACGGAUCCUUCACGGUUCACUGAAUACGAGGGCAAAGACGACCCCCGCUUCUGGGUCCGCUUCGACCCGAGGAGACUACGCGUACCCAAGUACCAAAACGCCAUGCAUCUCGCCUUCUCGGUUCUCUAUCUCGCCCUUUACACCAGGGCCAUCAACACCAUGAACCACAAGGGCGACUUCGAUUUUGUCGAGUUCCUGCUCUACCUCUUCACCUGCGGUUUCAUCUACGAUGAACUCAUGAAGAUUUGGAAGGUCGGCCGCCGUUACAUCACCUUCUGGAACGUCUUCAACGACACACUCUACACCUUGCUGGUUGUAUCCCUUGCUUACCGCAUAACUGCACAUGGAUGGCCUCGUGAUUCUCCUGAACGGGCAUACUACACCGCAAUGUCGUACAAGUUCCUCGCCUUCUCGGCACCUUUCUUCUGGCUCCGACUGCUGCUCUUUCUCGAGAGUUUUCAGUUCUUCGGCGUGAUGUUGGUUGUGCUAAAGACGAUGAUGCAGGAGAGUCUGAUUUUCUUUGCACUGCUAGCUGUGGUCUUGAUGGGCUUUAUGCAAGGCUUCAUCGGUCUGCACGAUGUCGAGGAUCGUGAACCCAAGAGCAAUCUCUUUUACAAGGUCUUCAACGUCGUCAUGUCGAGCACGGAUUAUGGUUCAUGGGAUAACCUUGCGCCUCCCUUUGGCCGAAUCCUCUACUACAUCUAUACGUUCAUCAUCACCGUCAUGCUCCUGAAGGUCCUUGUUGCAGUCUACAACGAGGCUUACCGAGCCAUCACCGGCAAUGCCAAAAACGAGUACUUGGCUCUGUUCUCGCAGAAGACAAUGCGGUUUGCGCGCGCUCCUGCCAAAGAUGCAUACAUACCUCCGUUCAACCUUGUCAAACUUGUCCUCACGCCCUUGCAAUGGUUCCUUUCGAAGCGCCAAUGGCACGGUCUACACAGAUGCAUCAUGACGGUCAUUUACUCACCGGCGCUUCUCAUCAUCGCUUUCUUGGAAAGCCGACAGUCUCAUAGGGGGAUCUGCAACUGGGUACGAGUUAAAGUCGGCGAUCAGAAGCUUCAAGAGUGGGAGGAACACGCUGACGAAGUCGACUUCGAGGCCGACGGAUGGAGCAAGCUCGUCGAGGAGACGAAGCCGAAUGUAGUGGACGAUGCGGCGGUGUUGGAAAUCAAGAAACUAAGGAAGGAAGUGAAGGAACUGACCAGUCGACUUCAGAUCCCCAUGCCGGCGUCCGGAACGGAUCUUGUGCAGGGAGAUUAG